GCGGACUGUCAUCUCCAAAAUGAAGUUCCAGUGGGCCUCUGGCCUCCUCCUGGGGACGGUCGCUGUCGACGCCUUCAUGCCCCCCGAAUUCUCCUACGAAUCCUCCGACGCCGAUCGCGUGGACGCGGCCAAAGAGGUUUCGGGCCGAGUCAGAUACCAAUCCCCUCCCGCAGAUUCGGAGCUCAUUCCCAAAACCAAUUCUGAGAAUGCCACUAUGAACUGGCAGGUCGAGUGCUCCAGCCGGUUUCAAGGUUACGAGUGCCACUAUGCCAUCGACGACCGGGCGGACCGAUACUGGCAGAGCAACCCACACGAAGACGAGCCUUCGUGGAUCGUAAUUGAUCUGCGCAAGGAGUACCAUGUCCCCGGACUCACCAUGCUGCCUCGGCUGCACGAGGCCGCCGGCCAGAUUGGGGAGCACCGCAUUUCCAUCUCGCGGGACAAGAACACUUGGACCGAGGUCGCAUACGGCACCUGGGGAUCCAACAAGAGCCCCAAGAUGUCGGCCUUUGACCCCAAGCCGGCUCGCUAUGUCAAACUCCUGGCGGAGAGCGAAUCGCUUCCCGAUCGGACGCAGAACCGAACCGGGCAGAUCGCGGUCGUCAACCUGGCCGUCUAUGCCUAUAACGAGGGCUCCUUCCCCCCGGAGCAGCCCAGCACGGGUGUCUGGGGUCCCACCAUCGACCUUCCCAUCGUCCCCGUGUCAUCGGCAGUCGACCAGCACGGCGACAUCAUUCUGUGGUCGGCCUGGGCCGACGAUCAGUUCUUUGCCUCCCCUGGUGGGAAGACUUUGACCACCACCAUGAACCGCGAUGGCAUCCUCACCCAGAGCGAGAUCUUCGAAACCAAGCACGACAUGUUCUGCCCCGGUACCUCCAUGGACAUUGACGGCAACAUUGUGGUCAGUGGAGGCGCCGACUCGGGUCGCACUAGUGUGUACAAUGGCACGGCGUGGGUGAAAGGGCCCAGCAUGAAGAUUCCGCGCGGGUACCACGCCUCGACUACCCUGUCUGACGGCCGAAUCUUUGUGAUCGGAGGCUCCUGGAGUGGCGGCGACAAGGUGGAAAAGAACGCCGAGGUCUACUACCCUGGCGAGGAUGCCCGGUGGGAAACCCGUCCCGGGGCCAAGGUCGAACCCAUGAUGACCGACGACCGCUUGGGCGCCUGGCGCGCGGAUAACCACGGCUGGCUGUUUGGCUGGAAGAAGGCCAGUGUCUUCCAGGCGGGUCCCAGUGUCGAGAUGCAUUGGUUCGACGUCGAUUACCGGAAUGGGAACGGCCGGCCCAUCGGUGCCAUUUACAACGCCGGCCCCCGUGGCAAUGACAAGGACUCUAUGUCUGGUAGUGCUGUCAUGUACGAUGCUACCCAGGGGAAGAUCCUCACGUUCGGUGGCCAACGCCACUACGAUGGCUCGUACGGUUCCAAGAACGCGUAUCUCAUUACUCUGGGAACCGAGUAUCAACCGCCCGUGGUGGAGGUGGCCGGAAAGGGCGCUAAUGGGACAGACAAGGGGGGAAUGAACUACGAGCGUGUCUUCCAUACCUCGGCCAUCUUGCCGGAUGGCAAGGUCUUCAUUGCCGGUGGUCAGUCCUGGGGCAAGCCCUUCCACGAGGGUGAGAUCCAAUUCACGCCCGAGAUGUACGACCCCGAGACCGACACCUUCACUGCCCUCAGUGCCAACAAUAUCAAGCGGGUCUACCACAGUAUCUCCAUGCUACUGCCCGACGCCACCGUUCUUAACGGCGGCGGUGGCCUCUGCGGGAACUGCUCGGCCAACCACUACGAUGCUCAGAUCUUCUCUCCCCCGUACCUCUUCACCGACGGCAAGCGAGCCAUUCGUCCCAAAAUCCAGCGCGCAGAUGCAAAGGUCACUGUCGGCCAGACGAUCACCUUCACCGCCGACUCGGACAUCAAGUCUGCCUCUUUGGUCCGGGUGGGAUCAACCACCCACACCGUCAACACCGACCAGCGUCGUGUUCCCCUCGCUAUCAAUCCCACGGGCCGCCACGGUUACUCUGCCACCCUCCCCAGCGACGCCGGAAUUCUUCUUCCCGGAUGGUACAUGCUGUUCGCCAUGAAUGACCAGGGCGUUCCCAGCGAGGCCAGCAUGGUCAAGGUUGAGCUGGCUUCCGCUCCGGCGUACUUGCUGGACGCAUACGCAGAGGACCAGGGCGGGAAGCAUCCUAGCUUCGAAUCUCUCACGGAGGACGAGUAUGAGUGCGAUGAGGAUGACUUCAAGGGCAUCAUCUCGGUGAUCGUUGCUUCGUCGAGCAAAUUCUGGAAGGCGUGGAAGUCGGUUCUGAUUAGCCAGGCUUGAUGAUCUAGGCUUUAGAUUGUUGAUGGAUGUAUUCUACCAUCUGUAGUAUAUCAGUG